AGUCAAGUAGUUGGCUUUGGUCCCACCUAGCAAGACUCAUAUAGCACUGUACCUUAGUUAAGUACUACAUGAUUUACACAAUGCCCUUUUCUUUCCAUAUUCUUCUGUAACAUUAUUAGCUAUAAAACUAUAAAUCUGGUAAAAUCACAUUUAAGUUAAGUGAGUGAAGAAUGCAGUGGGAGAAGAAGAAGAAGAAGAAGCAGUCAAUGGAAAAAGCAGCGCUCAUUGCAUUUUUCAUGCAGAAAUGAAGCUACACUUUUAACUUAGAAUCUGCAGAUAGAAAGAAAAGAAAAAAAAAGGUAAAAAGAUGCAGAAAGUAGCACCUGUUCCUGAGGAGUUUGCCCUGAAGCAAACGGCUCCGAAGAUCGCCGGCUCGGGAGUGAUCACCGGAGGAGACAAGGUCAUCUCUGCCUAUGACCUUGUCGAGCAGAUGGAGUAUUACUACGUCCGGAUUGUAAAAGCAAAGGACUUGCCGGGGAAGGAUGUUUCAGGCACCUGCGAUCCGUACGUGGAAGUCAAGCUCGGAAACUACAAGGGAGUCACCAAGCAUUUCGAGAAGAAGUCCAAUCCCGAGUGGAACCUCGUCUUCGCAUUCGCGCAGGAACAGCUCCAGGCGUCGCACAUCGAAGUGGUGGUGAAGGAUAAGGAUGUUGUCCGCGAUGAUUUCAUAGGCAGGCUUUCGUUCGAACUUGUCGAGUGCCCGAGACGUGUUCCCCCCGACAGCCCCCUGGCGCCGCAAUGGUACAAGCUGGAAGACAAGAAAGGCGAGAAGCUGAAGAAGGGGGAGCUCAUGCUCGCCGUCUGGAGAGGGACUCAGGCGGACGAGGCCUUUUCCGAUGCCUGGCAUUCCGACGCAGCGGCGGUUGGCAGUGAGGCAGUGUCGAAAAUCCGAGGGAAGGUCUACCUUUCUCCAAAGCUUUGGUAUCUUAGAGUGAAUGUCAUUCAGUGCCAAGAUUUGGUUCCUAGUGAUAAAACCAGAGCACCUGAGGUUUGUGUUAAGGUCAUCCAUGGAGGUCAGGCGAGGAAGACGAAAACAUCCGCGACGAAGACUGUGCACCCCUCGUGGAACGAGGAUUUACUUUUCGUUGUCGCCGAGCCUUUUGAAGAGCCUUUGAUCCUAACUGUGGAGGACAGAAUUGCGCCAAACAAAGAUGAAGUCUUGGGGAGAUGUGUCAUGCUGUUGAGCUCGAUUCCUAGGCGCCUCGACAACAAGCCAGUCCCGGCGAAGUGGCAUAAUCUCGAGAAGCAUUUGCUCGUCGAAGGAGAAAAGAAAGAGGCUAAGUUCUCGAGCAAGAUUCAUCUGAGGAUCAGCCUCGACGGCGGGUACCAUGUCCUCGACGAGUCUACUUACUACAGCAGCGACUACAGGCCGAGCUCCCGACUUCUGUGGAAAUCGAGCAUCGGACUUCUCGAACUCGGGAUCAUAAGCGCGACGGGGCUGUCGCUGAUGAAAACGAAAGACGGUCGGGGGACUACAGAUGCCUACUGCAUAGCCAAGUACGGUCCAAAAUGGGUCCGGACGAGGACCAUCAUUGACACCGGUUCGCCAAAAUGGAAUGAGCAGUACACUUGGGAAGUGUUCGAUCCUUGCACCGUGAUCACGAUCGGAGUGUUUGACAACGGUCAUCUGCAAGGCGGGAAAGACUCGAGCAUCGGCAAGGUUCGGAUUAGGCUAUCCACCCUCGAAACUGAGCGCGUCUACACUCACUCGUAUCCGCUCAUCGUGUUGAAGACUUCGGGUGUGAAGAAGACGGGGGAGAUCCAGCUCGCCGUGCGAUUUUCUUGCACGUCGUAUCUGAACAUGCUGCAUAAGUACACGCACCCGUUGUUGCCGAAGAUGCACUACGUCCAUCCGUUAUCCGUAGCCGAGCUCGAUGUCCUGAGGCACCAUGCGAUUCAAAUAGUCUCGACAAGGCUGGGUCGAUCGGAGCCACCGGUGAAAAAAGAAGUCGUCGAGUACAUGCUCGACGUAGGGUCGCACAUCUGGAGCGUCCGGAAGGCGAAAGCCAACUUCGUGAGGAUAAUGACUGUGAUGAAUGGCGUCGUCGCUGUCGCGAGAUGGUUCGAUCAGAUAUGUCGCUGGAAGAACCCGCUGACGACGAUUCUGAUCCACAUCCUCUUCGUGAUUCUCGUGAUAUACCCGGAGCUGAUCUUCCCGACGCUGUUUCUGUACCUUUUCAUGAUCGGCGUUUGGAACUACCGGUGGAAGCCGAAGCACCCGGCACACAUGGAUGUUCGGGUUUCGCAUGCAGAUGCAGUGAGCGCGGACGAGCUGGAUGAGGAGUUUGACAGUUUCCCGACGUCGAAGGCGACAGACAUUGUGAGGAUGAGGUACGACCGGCUGAGGAGCAUCGGCGGGAGGAUACAGACGGUGAUCGGAGACCUGGCCAUGCAGGGGGAGCGGGUUCAUGCAGUUCUGAGCUGGAGGGAUCCGAGGGCGUCGGUGCUGUUCACAGCGUUCUGCUUGGUGGCGGCGGUGGUGCUGUACAUUACGCCGUUCCAGAUGGCGUUGCUCCUGCUCGGGUUCUAUGUGCUGCGCCAUCCGAAGCUCCGGAGUAAGACCCCGCACGUUUCGACGAAUUUCUUCAAGAGAUUGCCCGCGAGAUCGGAUCUCAUGCUGUAAUACGUAAUCAACCCAACGUACUAUUACAAUUUUAAUUUUUUUUUUCCUUUAUUCUUUUCUCUUUUCCUCUCAUUUGAACUUAAGAGCUAUAAAAGGCAAUCCUUCUUAAUACGGUACAGCUUUGAGCCAAAAAGAUCCUUAGGAUGCGUAGAUCCUUAGAGUGUGUUUUUUUCUUUUUACUGUCCAAUUUUAGUAGUUUUCUUUAUAAAAUAAGUUGUACUCUAUAAUAAAAGGUUAAUAUCACGUGCUAUUUAAAUUAAUAUUGAAAUGAAAACUUAAAAGAAAGUUUCAAAGAUAAAUUCCAUGGAUUGCUUGAUCAUUUUAGAAUGAAAGGGAAGCUUGUACUAUUUGAAUAUCACUUAACCUCGUGGAUCAAAAACUAUCCUAUU